GCAACGUGAUGGGGGUGGUGGUGAAACCUCUCCUCCCCCUUACCCAGCACUAACAAAUGCAGCCGCCCUGGGUAUUAGCUCCAUGCCCUGUCAGAAAGAAACAGAGGAGCUCGCGACACGCGGAGUCGCGCGCAACUGACAUUGUCCGUCCGUCUGUCAGACAGCAGCAGCAGCGGCGGCAGCAGCAACAACGAGAGACAGCGAGAGGAGUCACACCAGUGGCAGAGAGAGGUAGGAGAGUUGUUGUUGUUGUUGUUGCCGAGAGGCGCGUAGGUGCAACUAAAUCAAAAGUUGCGUUCUUUUGGCGGCGGCGGCGGACGACACCGGCACGAGGGGAACAAAGCACGACGGAAUAGGGCGGCUUGUGUGUGUGUGCGUGCGCGCGUGCUUUUUUUGUUUUAAAAAAAAAAUACAAAAAUCGCGAACGAAUGUCGAGAAAAGUUGGCGGCUCAAGUUAGCGCGGCUCGAGGCGCGAUGAGGUCUGCAGAACAAGGCGUUGUGCACAGUCUGUGAUCUCUGAGGAUAUCGAGGUGCCAAGUCAAACCCUCUUCGAUGCUGCUGAUAACCACAGAGCCACACAUAAUGAUGGGAUGCAUCUCUCCAGUCGAGCUCAUCCUCCUGCUGCUCGUGACUGUGCCGACCCUCGCCUGCCCAUCUGCAUGCCGCUGUAAUGGAGACUUCGUCUACUGCAACGACAGAGGCUUAGCGUCUAUUCCAAGUGGAAUGCCAAGGAACGCCACGACACUCUAUCUCCAAAACAACCAAAUUAACAAUGCUGGGAUUCCACCUGAAAUGAGAAACCUUCUCAAAGUCGAGACGGUGUAUCUCUACAGCAACCGACUGGAGGAGUUUCCCAUCAAUCUUCCUAGAAAUGUGAGAGAACUUCACUUGCAGGAAAAUGGCAUGUGGACCAUUUCCAAGGGUCCCCUCACUCAGUUACGCAAACUGGAAGUUCUGCACUUAGAUGACAACUCGAUAUCAACAGUGGGGAUUGAGAAAGGUAGUUUUAGUGCAGUGCCAAAUCUUAGGCUGCUAUUUUUUUCCCGUAAUAAUUUAGGUAUGGUACCUGAAAACCUGCCAAAGAAUCUGGAGGAACUGCGGUUAGAUGAUAACAGGAUAGAAACGAUAUCUGCAAAGGCUCUGCUGAACCUAAGCAAGCUGAAACACCUGUUUCUGGAUGGAAACUUGCUGACUAAUGAAGGAAUCCAUGAAAAGACCUUUAACGAUCUUGUGAACUUGACGGAAAUCUCCUUCACUCGGAAUAUGCUUAAAAUUCCAGUGGCUAACUUGCCAAGAAUGAACCUGCAAAAACUCUUUCUCCAGGAAAACAGAAUAAUGUACAUUCCAAUCAACAUAUUUUCAUCCCUGAAAAGGCUCAGUGUUCUUGAUCUUUCAAACAAUCAACUACAAACCUUGCCAUAUGGCGCUUUGAAUGGACUACAAGGACUGAGAUUUCUCGGUGUGCGAAACAACCCGUGGUACUGUGAUUGUAAAGUCCUCUGGCUAAAAGACUGGCUACGCAUCAAUGCCGUGAAUGCGCAGGGGCUUAUCUGCAAAGGGCCAGGCGGCAAUAAAGGAAUACAUAUCACAGAUCUGCCUCCCGAGCAUUUUUUUUGCCCAGCCACCACCACAGCUGCUGUAGCUCCAAGUCACACUGCAGGGGUGACCACGUUCACAGUCGGAGGUCCGUUGUUGAUUCUCAGAACCCCGUUGCCCUUUGCUACAACUAAAAGCAAUAUUUUUAGCUCAGUCACAAGCAGACCGACCACAUGGAAAGACACUACAGCUGACAUUGUCCUUAAAGUGUCAUCGGUGAGUGAGGACACGAUUGCUGUAAUCUGGGACAACCCAUUUCCAGUGGAGUCAUAUAAAUUGAGUUUGAAAAAAUCCGACAAAAAUGUUGGGACUGUCACAAUGAUUAACAUCGUCAGUGGUGAUAGGACACUGCACUUGUUUAAGGACUUACAUCCAAUGACUUUGUACAAAAUCUGCUUGGAACCUCUGGUCAAUAGAAACGUUUUUGAUCUUGACAAAACUCCGACCUGUUUGGAAACAAAAACAGCAGAUUCUGCACUUCCCAAUCUUACCGAUAGCAUGAACCAAGAGCAAGAGAUGGAUAAUGGUCAUGGCUCGGCCCUGAAACUUGCUGGCCUCAUAGGAGGUAGUUCAGUAAUUCUUCUCAUUGUGCUGAUUUUGGGAAUCUGCUGCUGGUACUCCCACAAAUCUGGAAAGGGCCCGUGGUCUCGGGACACCUACAAGAAAGGUCGGAAGAGGGAGAGUGAGUACAUGGAGUCGGGAACGAAGAAGGACAAUUCUAUUUUGGAGAUGAGCGAAAACUCAUUUCAGAUUGUUCACUUAAAUGAAACUAUGGGGGAUGAUUUAUCGAUGAAAAAUGGUUUACCCAACAGAACAGGAACUGGCUAUAAAGGCACUUUGGCCCAAAUAAAUAACACUGUUUUAAUAGACAGUACCUUAUUGGACAGAGAUUAUUUUCAGAGACAUACAUAACUAACAAGCAACAAUAGAAGAGACUUUACGUGUCGAACACUUUUUGCACAACAUAUUUAUUGCACUUUUAUUGCCGAUUGAAACAUGACACAGUGUUUUGACGUAUCAGGAUGUUCAACGUGUACAGGUAUUUGUGUUCAGCGUCACAACUGUGAUUACGGCGUUUUGCAAUUAAAUGGUAUUUUGUUUCCGAUUACCACCACAACAUGAUAUACUUUUCUGCCUACAUUUUUUUUAGAAGUCAUAAUUGUUGUUCCUUGUGUAUGGGAAAUAUCUUACAUGAUGAUAUAACAUGCGCUCCUUUUAUAUGUGCCUCUUUUACUAAUUUCACAUGACGAUACAAUGGACAAACUGUAAAUGAAAAAAGCUGUACAAAUUUACUGCAUAUUAACUGAAAAGUACUGGGAACUUGAACAGUUUCAAAUAGGAAUUAUUUAUAACCGUUUUAAAAUGUGUACAUAAUAGUGUAAUGCAUGCCUCUUUGGACAACAGCAGUUGAAAAAAUAAAUGUCCGGUAGUAGUGAAAUAAUUAAAAGCAUUGGAAAUGCUUACAUGUAAUUGUUACAUGUUCCUUUUGUAAUAAAAAAUGAGUACAUAGUAGA